GGGGCGGUUCGGCGGUGGCGGCCGUGGGAAGAGGCUGUGCGGCAGGCCGAGGAAGCGCCAAGCCGUCCCCAUCUCCGCGUCCCGGGCCGCGGCCCUGAGCCCGCCGCGCCGACACGCGCCACCGGCCGGAUGGGCCGCUGAGGCCGAGUCGGGGACCGCGUGGAGCCCCUUGGAGCCCGGAUCACGAUGUUCCGCUUCAUGAGGGACGUGGAGCCCGAGGAUCCCAUGUUCCUGAUGGACCCCUUCGCCAUCCACCGCCAGCACAUGAGCCGGAUGUUGCCCGGGGGCUUCGGAUACAGCCCUUUUCUCAGCAUCACAGAUGGCAACGUGCCAGGGAGCAGGCCUGCCAGCCGCAGGGUGCAGGCUGGGGCUGUCUCCCCCUUCGGAAUGCUGGGAAUGUCUGGCGGCUUCAUGGACAUGUUCGGGAUGAUGAAUGACAUGAUUGGGAACAUGGAGCACAUGACAGCUGGCGGCAAUUGCCAGACCUUUUCGUCCUCCACCGUCAUUUCCUACUCCAACACGGGGGACGGUGCCCCCAAGGUCUAUCAAGAGACCUCGGAGAUGCGCUCAGCGCCAGGCGGGAUCCGGGAGACGCGGAGGACCGUCCGGGACUCUGACAGUGGACUCGAGCAGAUGUCCAUCGGCCAUCACAUCCGGGACAGGGCUCACAUCCUGCAGCGCUCCCGGAACCACCGCACAGGCGACCAGGAGGAGCGGCAGGACUACAUCAACCUGGAUGAGAGUGAGGCCGCUGCGUUUGAUGACGAGUGGCGGCGGGAGACAUCCCGGUUCCGGCAGCAGCGCCCUCUGGAGUUUCGGCGGCAUGAGGGCUCAGCAGGUGGGGGCCGCCGGGCUGAGGGGCCUCCCCGCCUAGCCAUCCAGGGACCCGAGGACUCCCCCUCCCGACAGUCCCGCCGCUAUGACUGGUGAGGGGCCCAGGCCCCCAGCCUCUCUUGUACAGGCCGAGAGGCUGUGACACCAUCCUCCAAGGCCACUUUUCCUCUCCAAUGCCCACCCCCAGUUUAAUAUUAAAUUAACAGGCAAGCUGGCCCCACCCUCCCUGGGGGUCUCAGGGAGAACCUUUCACGGCCCCCUCAACCGCUGAGCCCCUGGCCAUGCCCACGCCACCUGUCCUGGAUCCACUAACUUGACUCUUCAGGUUGCUGCUCCGUCUUGGAACCGCCUCCCCUUCCCACACUUCUCCCCUUUGCUGUGCAUCGGAGGGUUUUUGAAGUAGAGUUCGAGGUUUAGGGGUCUCCCCCAGCCCUCAGCCAGUCUGGCUCUUUGCCCACCUCUUCCUCAGAGCCCCCGUAGCAGGGGCCAUAGUUCCGUUCGGGGCUAUGGAAGGCAUGGGCUGCUGCCCGACCCUCCCUGCAUUCCCCCUUUCGCCCUCACACAUCACAGACUCGCCCCUCCAUCCUCCUCUGUCUUUAUUUUUUGAUUUGUGCAACUUGUAACUAGGUGGUUAUGGAAUAAAAGAG